GUGAUGCUAAUGGUGUAACCAUUAGUCACCUGCAGCAACUCUUUUCAUAUAUACUUAUUAACAUAUAGUUUCAUACCAAUGGGAGAUCAGAUCACUGGUGAUCAUCAAGAAUCUGCAGAAGAUGUUCAUAUCAGUAUCGAUUUGGGUCUCAAGAAAAAUCAAGAAAUAGUUAUGAAUCCCUUGCAAGCAUUCCAUGCUGGCUACUUUCGAAUAUGCAUCUCUCUUGGUAGCCAAGCUUUGUUAUGGAAGAUCCUCAGUGAGCGCGAAGAUAUCCCCAAAUCUUUUCAUCGUCUAUCUGUGGAAUUACCCUCAGUAGUUUUCCUUCUACUGUGGUAUAUUGCGCUCUGCACAUUAGUUGUGCUCUCUGUUCUUUACAUUUUGAGGUGCAUUUACUACUUUCACCUAGUGAAAGCUGAGUUCUUGCACUUUGUGGGAGUGAACUAUAUGUUUACCCCUUGGACAGCUUGGCUUCUCUUGCUUCAGUCUGCCCCGAUUAUGAAUCCAAAACAGCCUGUAUAUCAAGGGCUUUGCAUGCUCUUUGUGAUUCCCCUGUUGAUUCUUGAUGUGAAGAUUUAUGGACAGUGGUUUACAACGGAGAAGAGGUUUCUUUCUGUUGUCGCGAACCCAACUAGCCAGAUAUCAGUUAUAGGGAAUCUGGUGGCUGCGCGAACAGCAGCUCAGAUGGGGUGGGAAGAGACGGCUACUUGUAUAUUCACCCUGGGAAUGACACAUUAUCUAGUAGUUUUCAUUACCCUUUAUCAGCGUUUAUCCGGUGGAGAUCAUCUGCCAGUUAGGCUCCGGCCUGUUUAUUUCUUGUUUGUAGCUGCACCAAGUAUGGCAAGCUUAGCUUGGAGCUCAAUUUCUGGCACUUUUGACACUCCAUGCAAGAUGCUCUUUUUCCUCUCCCUAUUUCUCUUUACAUCUUUGGUUUCCAGGCCAGCUUUGUUCAAGAAAGCAAUGAGAAAGUUUAACGUGGCGUGGUGGGCUUAUUCGUUUCCUCUAACCUUCUUGGCAAUGGCAGCAUCAGCCUAUGCACAAGAGGUGAAAGGUUUAGCAGCUUCAGGAUUAGUGCUCAUUCUCACUGUGCUUUCUGUAUUCAUCUUCAUCUGCUUGUUGCUCUCCACUGCUGUCAAUAUUGAAAUGCUUUUCCGCGGCUCUGAUCCCAUUCUUAAAUUCGAUAGCAAGGGAAAGGGGAAGUGAGUUCGUGCCUGUUUUUAGGGCUUCAGGUGUACAUGGCUUUGAAUCAAACUAGAUAUAUUCCGGGUAACAUGGUCUUAGAGCAAAACUUAGAAAGGUAAAAUGUGCUCAGACUUUACCUCUACUCCUAGUAGUAGCGGAGUAGUUGUUUCUGUAAAGACCUCCAACUACGUGACCUUGAAUGUUCAAUGAUUUAGUAUGUA